AUGAUCGCGGGGUCCCAAUGUGAGCCUGCAGCUACUGAUAGGAAUGACCCUAUUUCGCUCCCACUCCCCCACUGCCCUGUCCAUGCUACUGACCAUAGCGAUUUACCUGAAUCGAGCUUCUUCAAGGAGAGACGGGCACCCGCGCUUCCAACGCCGGCGGAAAUUAGAGCCGUCGGCAAGAAGUUGGGCGAUAGUCGCGCCACAGACUUUGACCGGCCAUCGCCUGUCAUGUUUCCAUCGCUGGGAAUGAUUGUCAAGUACGGAGCGAAUGUAACUGUUGUGGAGGCUCAGACUCAAAUGGUGGUUUACAAGCACCUAAAAGGCCAAGUACCUGUCCCUGAGGUCUUUGAAUGGACUGAGGAUCAGAGAUUUAUUUACAUGCCCUUGAUCGAGGGCGAGACCCUGCAGGAGAGGUGGAGUGGCAUGGACGAAGAUGAGAGGCAAGAUGUCUGUGAGGAACUCAAGCAUAUGGCAAAAGCUUGGAGGAGUUUGCAGGAAGACAGAUAUGAUAGUUCCAUCGGUAAGCAACCGCUGAACGAGAUCUUUCUUGGCAGCCAUUCAAAUCUCGCUGGGCCAUUGGAAGGCCCAAAUGCUGUCCAGCAGUUCCAAGAUGGAUGUGGAAUGGAAAUAAAGGAAGAAGUACCCAUUGUAUUUACACAUGAUGACUUUGUUUCGCCCGAUAUACUUCUGACACCGGGGCCGAAUCCGAAGGUGGCAGCGGUGAUUGACUGGGGCCAGGCUGGGUGGUAUCCCGCGUACUGGGAGUAUUGCAAAGCGCGACGAGUUAAGCUUAAUCCAGAACUCUUUAAUGAUGCCAUCCAAGAGGAAUGGCACAUGAAGUAUCUACCAUUGAUUCUGGAUCCAAUGGAUAAUGAGUUGAUCUACUUCCCUUGGCUUUAUUUUGUCUUGUCUAAAGGCAUCUAA